AUGGAGAGAAACACACCAGUAAGAAACCCUCACACUUCCACCGCCGAUCUGCUUUCUUGGUCGGAAACUCCUCCUCCUCCUCACCACUCAACCGCUUCAGCCGCGCGUUCUCACCAGCCGUCCGAUGGAAUCAGCAAAGUUCUCGGCGGCGGUCAGAUCACCGACGAAGAAGCUCAGUCACUCAAUAAACUGAAGAAUUGCUCAGGGUACAAGCUUAAAGAGAUGACUGGUAGUGGUAUAUUUACUGAUAAGGCGAAAGGCGGAUCUGAUACCGAUGCUACUGAUCCAAAGACGGGACUUCGUUACUAUCACCAAACUCUGAAUGGAGUGAGUCAGAUAUCUUUCAGCGCUGACGGGAAUGUUUCCCCGAAGAAACCAACCACUUUAACCGAGGUUGCAAAGCAAAGAGAGCUGAGUGGAAACUUGCUAACCGAGGCGGAUUUAAAGAGCAAAAAGCAGAUAUCGAGUGCUAAGAUCGAAGAGAUAAGUGGUCAUGAUAUCUUUGGACCUCCACCUGAGAUUCAGCCUCGGUCAUUGGCUGCUGCACAACAAGAAGCUAGAGGUAACAGAGACAUGGGAGAGCCUGCACCGAGGAACUUACGCACUUCUGUUAAAGUUUCCAAUCCUGCAGGAGGACAAAGCAACAUACUAUUUAGCGAAGAACCUGUUGUGAAGACAUCAAAGAAGAUACAUAACCAAAAGUUUCAAGAACUCACUGGCAACAGUAUUUUCAAAGGCGAUGAAUCUCCUGGUACCGCAGAUAAGCAGUUAAGCGCAGCUAAACUCCGUGAAAUGAGCGGAAACAAUAUAUUCGCAGACGGAAAGUCAGAAUCCCGUGACUAUUUUGGCGGUGUGAGGAAGCCUCCAGGCGGUGAGAGCAGCAUUUCACUGGUCUAA